UGCCGGGACCCCCGGGGCCCCGGGGUCAUUUUCGGGAGUUGAGAGGAAGCCACGUCUUCAGUCCUGGAAAGGAUGGAGGAGGUCGGGGCCGACUGCGCCGUAGCUUUCGCCGAGGCCCAGAGAUGGGUGGAGGCAGUAACAGAGAAGAAUUUUGAAACAAAGGAUUUUCGAGCUUCUCUAGAAAAUGGUGUUCUGUUGUGUGAUUUGGUUAAUAAACUUAAACCUGGUGUCAUUAAGAAGAUCAAUAGAUUAUCCACACCAAUAGCAGGUUUGGAUAAUAUAAACGUUUUUUUGAAAGCUUGUGAACAGAUUGGAUUGAAAGAAGCCCAGCUUUUCCAUCCUGGGGAUCUCCAGGAUUUAUCAAACCGAGUCACUGUCAGGCAAGAAGAGACUGAUAGGAGAGUGAAAAAUGUUUUGAUAACAUUGUACUGGCUGGGAAGAAAAGCACAAAGUAAUCCGUACUAUAAUGGACCCUAUCUUAAUUUGAAAGCAUUUGAGAAUCUUCUAGGACAAGCUCUGACUAAGGCUCUAGAAGACUCCAGCUGCCUGAAAAGGAGCGGCAGGGACAGUGGUUACGGGGAUAUCUGGUGUGCUGAACGUGGAGAAUUUCCUACUUCUCCAGGCAACCAUAAGCGAGAAGACUCCUUCGAAAGCUUGGACUCCUUGGGGUCUAGGUCAUUCACAAGCUGCUCUUCUGAUAUCACAUUGAGAGGUGGGCGUGAGGGUUGUGAAAGUGACACAGAUUCUGAAUUUACAUCCAAAAUGCAGGAUUAUAAUAAAGAUGAUAUGUCCUAUCGAAGGAUUUCAGCCAUUGAACCAAAAUCUGCUUUACCAUUCAAUCGUUUUUUGCCCAAUAAAAGUAGACAGCCGUCCUAUGUGCCGGCGCCAUUGAGGAAGAAAAAGCCGGACAAAAAUGAGGAUAACAGAAGAAGUUGGGCCAGCCCGGUGUAUCCAGAAGCAGAUGGAACAUUUCCAAGUAACGAGAGGAGAACUUGGGGCAGAAAUGUGGAGAACUGGCCAAGAGCACAAGAAGCUUCAAGGUCCUCUUGUUACUUGGAAGUGGAAGAAGCCAAGACAAGCUUGCCCAACACCAUCAAGGAUGAUCUUUAUGUGCGAAAGCUAAGUCCAGUCAUACCAAACCCAGGGAAUGCUUUUGAUCAGUUUCUUCCCAAAUGUUGGAUCCCAGAAGAUGUGAACUGGAAAAGAAUAAAAAGAGAAACUUACAGACCAUGGUAUAAAGAAUUUCAGGGAUUCAGUCAGUUUUUAUUACUUCAGGCACUCCAAACAUACUCUGAUGACAUCUUAUCUUCUGAAACAAAUAUCAAAAUUGAUCCCACUGCUGGCCCAAGGCUCAUAACACGCAGAAAGAAUCUCUCUUCUGCACCGGGGUAUAAAAGAGAUGACCUUGAGAUGUCAACCCUUGAUCCUGACUUAGAGAAUGAUGAUUUCUUUGUCAGAAAGACUGGAGCUUUCCAUGCAAAUCCAUAUGUUCUCCGGGCUUUUGAAGACUUUAGAAGGUUUUCCGAGCAAGAUGAUCCUGUAGAGCGAGAUAUAAUUCUGCAGUGUAGAGAAGGUGAACUUGUACUUCCAGAUCUAGAAAAAGAUGAUAUGAUUGUUCGCCGAAUUCCAGCACAGAAAAAAGAGGUGCCUCUGUCAGGGGCCCCAGAUAGAUACCAACCGGUCCCUUUCCCCGAACCCUGGACUCUUCCUCCAGAAAUUCAAGCAAAAUUCCUCUGUGUACUUGAAAGGACACGCCCACCCAAAGAAAAAAGGAAGAGCUGUAGAGUAUUAGUGCCUUCCUACAGGCAGAAGAAAGAUGACAUGUUGACUCGCAAGAUCCAGUCUUGGCAACUGGGGACGACUGUGCCUCCUGUCAGUUUCACCCCUGGUCCCUGCAGUGAGGCGGACCUCCGGAAGUGGGAGGCCAUCCGGGAGGCCAGCAGACUUAGGCACAGGAAACGGCUGAUGGUCGAGAGACUCUUUCAAAAGAUUUAUGGUGAGAAUGGGAGUAAGUCCAUGAGUGAUGUCAGCGCGGAGGAUGUUCAGAACUUGCGUCAGCUGCGUUACGAGGAGAUGCAGAAAAUAAAAUCACAAUUAAAAGAACAAGAUCAGAAGUGGCAAGAUGACCUUGCAAAAUGGAAAGAUCGUCGAAAAAGCUACACUUCAGAUCUGCAGAAGAAAAAGGAAGAGAGGGAAGAAAUCGAAAAGCAGGCACUCGAGAAGUCUGAAAGAAGCUCGAAGACGUUUAAGGAAAUGCUACAGGACAGGGAAUCCCGAAAUCAAACGUCCACAGUUACCUUGAGGAGGAGGUUGCAUUCUUUUGAUGACAUAUUGCAUGAAGAGAUGCUUUCCCCUACACUGACCAUGUCAGAAGCAAGUUACCAGAGUGAGAGAGUAGAAGAGGAGGGAACAGCAUAUUCUACAGAAAUCCCUAAACAAGAUUCCACGACUUUUGCAAAAAGAGAAGAUGCUGCGGCCACUGACGUUCACCUUCCUUCUAAAAGCCCCAUCGAAGAACAACUCCCAGACUCUUUGUCUUCUCAGCCUUCACUGACGACACAAAGAGAGUCGACUCGAGUUUCAGCCUCUCUUCCCAGAAGUUACCAGAAAACUGAUACAGCCAGGUUAACAUCUGUGGUCACACCGAGACCUUUUGGCUCUCAGGCAAGGGGAAUCUCAUCACUCCCAAGAUCCUACACGAUGGAUGACUCUUGGAAGUAUAACGGACAUGUAGAAGAUGCUAAGAGAACUCAGAACAGUCUGGUCAGCACCUCUGUGCAGAGGCCUGACCUAAGCCAGCUCGUUUCCAGCAAGUCCAGCGAGAGAGAGAGGGCUGAGGCGGGAGAAGGUGUGACGGGGCUGCCGUCCCCCACACCCUCCUUCUCAUCCCUUUCCCAGGACCAGGCUGACACUUCCAGAGCCACACUGUCUUCCACAUCUGGCCCCGAUUUAACGUCUGAGUUUGGAGAAGGGGGAAGCUCACCACAGAUGGAGGACUCAAGGUCGCAGGAUCAGUUCAGUGAUAUGAGAAUCAGCAUAAACCAGACGCCCGGGAGCGGUCUUGACUUUGGGUUUACAGUAAAAUGGGCAUUGUCUGGGAUCUUCGUUGCAUCAGUCGAAGCAGGUAGCCCAGCAGAAUUUUCUCAGCUACAGGUAGAUGAUGAAAUUAUUGCUAUUAACAACACCAAGUUUUCAUAUAAGGACACAAAAGAGUGGGAGGCAACCAUGGCUAAUGCUAAAGAAACUGGAAACCUAAUAAUGGAUAUCAGGCGCCAUGGAAAGUCUGGUUCACCCGAAACAAAGUGGAUUGAUACAACUUCUGGAAUUUACAACUCAGACAAAUCUUCAAGUCUGUCAAUAACAACUGAUUUCUCAGAAAGCCUCCAGCAUUCUAAUACUGAAUCCAAGGAAAUGAAUGGAAUUCGUGAUGAAAGUACUACUUUUGAAUCAAAAGCAUCUGAACCUAUUUCUUUGAAAAACUUAAAAAGGCGAUCACAAUUUUUUGAACAAGGAAGCUCGGAUUCUGUGGUUCCUGAUCUUCCGGUUCCGACCCUCAGUGCCCCGAGCCGCUGGGCGUGGGAUCAGGAGGAGGAGCGGAAGCGGCAGGAGAGGUGGCAGAAGGAGCAGGACCGCCUGCUGCAGGAAAAAUAUCAACGUGAGCAGGAGAAACUCAGGGAAGAGUGGCAAAGGGCUAAGCAGGAAGCUGAGAGAGAGAAUUACAAGUACUUGAAUGAGGAGCGGAUGGUCCUGAGCUCAAACAGCAUUUCUCUGCCCACGCGGGAGCCCGCGGCGGCCGCCUGGGACGCCUCCUGGGGUGAGGGGUCCAAGUCGUCAGACCAGGAAGGAAGCCGAGCAGGGGACGAGGAGACAAGAGAGCCGCCUAAGGAUGACGCAGAGGAGGACCACAGGAAGAAGCUGCAGGAGCGCCUGGCUCUUGAGGAAGAGAGGAAACUGAGGGAGCAACAAUGUCAGCAAGAGCAGGAGCAGAGGCGGCGGGAGACGGCCCAGGAGCAGGCCCGCCCGGCAGAGAGAGAGAGGGAGACGUCAGUCAAGAUAUACCAGUACAGAAGACCUGUUGAUUCCUAUGACAUACCAAAGAGAGAGGAAAAAUCUUCAGGGUUGCUUCCUAGUGACAGGAACAAAUCCAGAUCCACAACUGAGCUGGAUGAUUACCCUACAAAUAAAAAUGGAGGCAAUAAAUAUUUAGACCAAAUUGGGAGCACUAGCUCAUCACAGAGGAGUUCCAAGAAGGAACAAGUCCCAUCGGAAGCAGAGUUAGAGAGACAACAAAUUCUUCAAGAAAUGAGGAAGAGAACAUCUCUUCUCAAUGACAGCAGCUGGAUCCGACAGCGCAGUUCCAGCGUAAAUAAAGAGCCGAUUUGUCUGCCUGGGAUUAUGAGAAGAGGUGAAUCUCUAGAUAACCUGGAUUCUCCAAGAUCCAAUUCUUGGAAACCAUCCCCUUGGCUCAAUCAGUCUUCAGGAGUCCGUGCUUCUUUCUCCGUUCAAGACUUCAGUCGCCCCCCGCCUCAGCUGGUGUCCACCUCAAACCGGGCCUACAUGCGCAACCCAUCCUCCAGCAUCCCCCCUCCUUCGGCGGGGUCUGUGAAGACCACCACUGUGCCUUCCCCCACACCACGCAGCCAUUCUCCUUCAACAUCGCAGCCGAGCUCCCAGCUACGCAACAGGUCAGUCAGUGGGAAGCGCGUGUGCUCCUACUGUAAUAACAUUCUGGGCAAAGGAGCUGCCAUGAUCAUCGAGUCCCUGGGUCUUUGUUAUCAUUUGCAUUGUUUUAAGUGUGUGGCCUGUUCGUGUGACCUCGGAGGCUCCUCUUCAGGAGCUGAAGUCCGAAUCAGAAACCACCAGCUCUACUGCAACGACUGCUAUCUCAGAUUCAAAUCUGGACGGCCAACCGCCAUGUGAUGUAAGCCUCCAUACGAAAGCACUGUUGCAGAUAGAAGAAGAGGUGUUUGCUGCUGAUGUAGAUCUAUAAAUAUGUGUUGUAUGUCUUUUUUGUUCUUUUUUUUUAAAAAGGAUAACACUUUUUUUUUUUUUUUAAAUUUUUGCCUCUUUAGAUUACAUCAGAGCAUUAUAGUCUUGGUAGCACCUGUAUUUUUGUUGUUUAUUUAUAAGAAAGUGAUUUUGUGUGUUGGGGGGACGGAAAGUGCAGUAUUUACUUUUUGAAUUCAACAUCUUAAAAGCACAAGGGAAAAAUAAGAAUGAAAUAUUUUUGACUCUGAUGAUGAUCAGGUUUGACUUUCUAGUGGUGUCUCGAAGAGGGUUAUUUUAUUGUUUUUUUUAAAGUUCUGAAACAUUAUUUGAAAUAGUUAAUAUAAAUAUAUAAUUGCGUUUGCUCUGUUUAUUUUAAUGUAUACUAAAUUAAUGCAGAACCGUAUAGAAAUUUCACUAAAAUCUACCCACAAAUUUGCUUUCUGUGUCCUUCUUUUCAUCUAUGUAAUAUUGUGCUUUUGAAAAAAAAUUUUUUUAGCAUAUGUGACAUUUUAGUUGCUUGGUGAGGGGAUCUCUAUUUUCUUCACCAGAAUGAUCACUAAGCAAUGCCCAAUAGAAAGCUGCUUCUUUUCAUUAAUACAGAAUCAUCAUGGUUUGUAUACCAGAAAUUUUCUCCAGGAACUAGUAAGCCUUUCUGUUCCACUGCGUUUGUAAAUAAACUUGCUGAACCAAUAA